UAGAUCACGCAGCCCUCCUUUUUCUUCAACCCUAAAAUCUAAACUUUACAACCCCUCUAAAAUGGGAUUAAAGUCGAAGAAGAAGCUAGCUGCGAAGAGCUCGAAGAAGGCCGCCGUGCAGUUUUCUGCUCCAAAACCUAAAUCCGAAGGCGCUGAUUACUUGCCUUUGGAGGGUGGUCCUUCGAAGAGUAUUCCGAAGACGGAGAAUAAAGAGAACAAAGCAACCGUUUUGUAUAUUGGAAGAAUUCCACACGGAUUUUAUGAAACUGAGAUGGAAGCUUUCUUUCAGCAAUUCGGUGCGGUUAAGAGACUUAGGAUUGCUAGGAAUAGGAAGACCGGGAAAUCGAAGCAUUUUGGAUUCAUCGAGUUUAUGUCUCCUGAGGUUGCCAAAGUUGUUGAAGAAUGUAUGCAUAACUAUCUAAUGUAUGAGCAUCUCCUCCAAGUUAGCAUCGUUCCUCCUGAGAAAGUUCAUCCAAGAUUAUGGAAAGGCGUCGGCCGCUCUUACAAGCCAGUGGACAGGGUUCACAUUGAGAGGAAGCACCAUGACAAGGAACGGACCCUAGAGCAGCAGCAGAAGUUAGUUACUGGCGUGCUGAAAAGGGACCAAAAGAGAAGAAAGCGCAUUGAGGCAGCUGGUAUUGAUUACGAGUGCCCAGAAAUGGUGGGCUGUGUGCAGGCUGCUCCAAAGAAGAUUAGAUUCACAGAUUGAGUGAGGAGGACUUGUGUUGAUCUAUAUAUUAAUAUACUAAAACAAUGGAAGCCAAAAUUUUGUAACUGACUGUUGAGAUUCUUGAAUUAGCCAUUUUAUUUUCAUCAUAUUAAAAGUUGGAUCUCAUAUCUCAA